CCUCCUGGGCGGAAACGUCUGUGCCAAAACCGCCGUUUUCUGUCAACAUUUACCGCCAAACUUUAAACAACGGGGCGGCGGCGGUUCCAGGAGCUUCGUGCACGUUUAGGAAUAUUUAAAAUCUUCGUAAGUAUUUGCCAAAAAUGUCUUCAUCUCUGAAGCGAAGCUGCCCUGCAGAAAUGAAUGACUCCAUGGAGAAACGGAUCAAGCGAAUUUCAAUCGAGGGCAACAUUGCGGCGGGUAAGUCCACAUUUGUCCGCCUGCUGGAGCUCGAAAACGGAGACUGGGAUGUAGUUCCUGAGCCAAUCGCCAGGUGGUGCAACGUCCAAACAAAUGCUGAAGACUUCGAGGAGCUGACCACCUCACAGAAGAGUGGGGGAAACGUGCUGCAGAUGAUGUACCAGAAGCCGGAGCGUUGGGCCUACACCUUCCAGAGCUACGCCUGCAUCAGUCGAGUCCGCGCUCAGAUGCGCUCGGCCAACGAGAAGCUGCGAGACGCCGAGGACCCGGUCCAGUUCUUUGAGAGGUCCAUCUACAGCGACCGCUACAUCUUUGCUGCUAAUCUUUACGAGAGCGAAUGUCUGAAUGAGACGGAGUGGUCCAUCUACCAAGACUGGCACAGCUGGCUGCACAGCCAGUUUGGCCAGCACAUCCAGUUGGAUGGUAUCAUCUACCUGCGAGCCCCACCUGAGAGGUGUCUGGAGCGGCUGCACCUGAGAGGACGGGAGGAGGAGCAGGAGAUUCCGCUGGAGUACCUUGAGAAGCUGCACUUCAAGCACGAGAGCUGGCUGCAGCACAGGAGCAUGACGAUGGACUUCGACUACUUGAACAACGUGCCGAUCCUGACGCUCGACGUCAACGAGGAGUUCAAAGGGAACAAAACCAAAAGCGCUGACAUGCUGGAGAAGGUGAAAGAAUUCCUUGCUACAUUGUAAAGUUCCAACUGAGUUUUUAACCACUCUCAAGUAGGAACGUUAAAUCAUGAUCUCUGUUUUAAAGUUGUUUUUAUUAUCCAUGCUUUCUAUUUAUAAAUAUGUUCAAGUGGGAUCUUGGCGUUUAAAUUGCUUCUAAAUAAUAUGAAUUUGUUUCAACUCAAAGUUGAGUUUUAAUUAUGUGCCUGUUUUUCCGCCUCAAGAUGUCGCCAAAUGACCAGACCAUGACCAUGUUUUGUCUUUUCUGUCAAGCGCUCGAAUACUUUGAAUUGCAAUUUCGAAUUGUAUUUUAAUAAUUGAAGCGAGUUGUGUUUCCUGUCUCCAUUUAUUGUGAACAUGUAUGAAUUGUCAUUAACUGUUUCGUCUCUAUAAAUUAAAUAUGUUUGUCAACAUCCGAUUUGUGUUUGACCUAAAUAUACCCGAAAUUGUGUCUUAAAGGAAACCUAGAAAGGGGAAAUAAUUUGUCUUCUAAUUUUAUAUUAC